AGAAGAACCAAAGCUGAGAGAGAGUGGCAUUUUUGAUGGUCGGGUACGCGGGGCGGCGGGGCGCUCAUACUUUCUUCACUUUUCAAAAAAGCAGCGGAGAAUCCGAGUCUCUGUCGCUCCCCCACAUAUUCUGGCAACCUUCCGCCAUCUCUCUCUCUUUGACAGAUACCAUUCAAACUGUGGCAAGCCGAUCCGAACAAGUCCCAUAAACUUUUUUUAGCUUGCACCAACAACACCCAGAAGCAAAAGAAAGGGGUUUCGCUAGAACAGCAGCUCUUCUUCAAUCUGUAUCUCUUUUCUUCAAUAGGUUGUAACCAUGACGAGGGUAAUCCGUGAUUUUGGCAAUACAAUGCAACAAGAUGCGGCUUGGCCUGUUUCAGCUGAUGUAGUUUUCCAUUCGAACCGGUUUCCAAAUUACAAAAUUGGGGUUAAUAAUCAGACACCCGAGUUGACAGAGGACCCUAAAGUAGUCUCAAUGAAGGAGAUGGUUGCUCGAGAGACCACUCAGUUGCUUGAUCAGGAAAAACGACUCUCAGUUCGCGAUCUUGCCAGCAAGUUUGAGAAGGGUCUGGCUGCUGCUGCGAAAUUGUCUGACGAGGCCAGACUUAAAGGAGCAGCUUCACUUGAGAAACAUGUGCUUUUAAAGAAGCUCAGAGAUGCACUUGAAGCUUUGGGAGGGCGUGUGGCUGGUAGAAACAAGGAUGAUGUUGAGGAAGCUAUUUCAAUGGUUGAAGCUUUAGCGGUCCAAUUAACUGAGAGAGAAGGAGAAUUGAUUCAGGAAAAGGCUGAAGUUAAAAAGCUUACAAGUUUUCUUAAGCAGGCUUCAGAAGAUGCAAAGAAACUUUUAGAUGAAGAAAGAGCUUUUGCUAGGGCUGAAAUUGAAAACGCAAGAGCUGCUGUUCAGAGGGUUGAAGAAGCUCUUCAAGAGUUCGAAGAAAUGGCCCGAGCAUCGGGAAAGCAGGAUUUGGAUGAAUUGAUGAAGGAAAUUCAAGAAGCUAGGCGUAUCAAAAUGCUGCAUCAGCCAAGCAAGGUGAUGGAUAUGGAGCACGAGCUUCGAGCAUUGAGAGCUCAGUUUGAAGAGAAGUCCAAGUACUCAAUAAAGCUUCAGAAGGAGUUGGCACUGAGAAAGAGUGGUGAUGGCACCACACAAAAUUCGUAUGAAAUAGAUGGCACUGAAGCAUUGGGUUCUUUUUUAAAAAUUCUGCCAUGUUCAAGUGAUGCCCUAGAUAUUUCAAAAUUUUCAAUUCAGUGGCAUCGUUUAGCAUGCGAAGGUGGAAAAAAAGAACCCAUUUCAGGGGCUACCAAACCUUAUUAUGCACCCGAGCCAUUUGAUGUUGGACGGGUCUUGCAAGCUGAUAUGAUGGUAGAAGACCGAAUAGUAACUUUGACCACAACUGGUCCUAUUGAUCCAGCUGCUGGACUGGGGAACUAUGUUGAAGCAUUGGUUCGAAGGCAUGAAACUGAAUUCAAUGUAGUUAUUGUUCAGAUGAACGGGGUGGAUCAACCUUCACAAUCUAUCUAUGUACUGCACAUCGGAAAGAUGAGGAUAAAACUUUGUAAAGGGAAGACAAAUGUAGCUAAAGAAUACUAUUCUACUUCAAUGCAGCUUUGUGGAGUUAGAGGUGGUGGGAAUGCUGCUGCUCAGGCAGCAUUUUGGCAAGCAAAGCCCGGGGUUUCCUUUGUGCUAGUUUUUGAAACAGAGCGUGAACGAAAUGCUGCUAUCAUGCUUGCCAGACGGUUUGCUUAUGAUUGUAAUGUUGUCCUUGUAGGCCCUUCUGAUAGAACUGCCAUGUGAACUCCUGCCGACUUCCCAGAAUGUGUAAUUAUACCGAUUCCCUAAUGCUUUUUUCCCUUGGGGUUUUGCUUAUAUACCGAGUAUUUUUUUCCGUUCAUUUCUCAUUUUUGCCUUGGUUCAUUUGUAAUUCUUUUUUUUUGGUUUUCUCAUAUUGGGAAUGUGUAGUAGGUGUUGGUGUUUCUUUGUAAGAAAGCGAUUUAAGAUCUUUGGAUUAUUAUGUAUGG